GGAGGUGCAGGACCGUGAGGGCGAGGGCAGGGGAAGAGCCCGAGGCGGGCGGGAACUGGAGCUCGGCGUGGGGUGUGCGGGGUCCGCGGCGGGGACGGGUGGCCGCCGGCGGGGAGACGCGGUUCGAGGCUGCAGGAUCCGGGAGGGCAAGCGGGCGCCCGCACCUGCGUGGCCAGGGCGCAGGGCUUGCCUGGCACAUGUGAACUGGCUCAAGCUGGAAAAAUACGAGUUGGUACAAAUGAAAUUUCCUUAGUGGAAGGUCACUCAUGGACGUCCAGGGAUAGGAAGGAGUAUUUCUAAAUCUGCUCAAAACGUCAGUGGGACAGGAACCAAAGUUAAAUACCUCCCGAUGCCUCUGCCUCGGGAUGAACCUGGGAAAACUGGAGUGCUUCUUUGAAAAAACUCCGCUGCCUGGAGUGCUUCUUUGAAUCAGCUGGAACUUUUUGUCUCUAGUUUUAAAAGCUCCCCAGAGACAAGCUGAAAUCCAGAAUCUUCUCAAUUAGGGGAAAAUUCUGAAGUUCUCAUUAAAACACAAUUGAUGUCUCUAGCUUUGAAAAGAGCCCAGAUGCCAAAGGCAAGAAUCCCAGAGCAUUGCUCACACUGGUGUGAUGCCCUGAUAAUUGUCUAACCAAUUCAGCAUGUCCCUGCUGGGCGGGACCAUCUGCUGGGUACAGUUCCAGAACCAGGGGACAGCAUCCCAUUCAUGUGAUCUAGGACAGACCUUUAAUUACCAGCUGGGAGUUGGCUCACUGUUCUUCCAGUGGUCAGGUCUUGAGGUCUUCACACUGUGGUCUCUUCUGAUGUAUGGCUCCUACCAGUGUGAAGCAGAAUGACCUUGCUACAGAGGCAGGACAACCUUGAAAGAAGGAGCCAAGUUCGUGGAAGUCUGCAGGAAGAGAGAGCUACCUAGCAUGUCCUCACUGAACCAGUCAGCAGAAGACCUUCCCCAGAAGGCUUCUAACAGAUCCCUGAAUGCCACAGAAGCCCCAUGGGCUUGGGAUCCCGGGACCCUGCAGGCUCUCAAGAUCUCCCUUGCAGUGGUCCUUUCCGUCAUCACGCUGGCCACAGUCCUCUCCAAUGCCUUUGUACUUACCACCAUCUUACUCACCAGGAAGCUGCACACCCCCGCCAACUAUCUGAUCGGCUCGUUGGCCACGACAGACCUCUUGGUUUCCAUCCUGGUCAUGCCCAUCAGCAUUGCCUAUACUACCACCCGCACCUGGAGCUUUGGCCAGAUCCUGUGUGACAUCUGGCUGUCCUCUGACAUCACGUGCUGCACAGCCUCCAUCCUGCACCUCUGCGUCAUUGCUCUAGACAGGUACUGGGCCAUCACGGACGCCCUGGAGUACAGUAAGCGCCGGACGGCCUGCCGCGCGGCCACCAUGAUUGCCACCGUCUGGGCCAUGUCCAUCUGCAUCUCCAUCCCGCCGCUCUUCUGGCGGCAGGCCAAAGCCCAGGAGGAGAUGUCCGACUGCCUGGUGAACACGUCUCAGCUCUCCUACACCAUCUACUCCACCUGCGGGGCCUUCUACAUCCCCUCGCUGGUGCUCAUCGUCUUGUACGGCCGGAUCUACAGGGCGGCGCGGAACCGCAUCCUGAAUCCACCCUCGCUCUGCGGGAAGCGCUUCACCACCGCGCAGCUCAUCGCGGGCUCCGCAGGGUCCUCGCUCUGCUCGCUCAGCGCCGGCCUCCACCAAGGGCACGCGCCCUCGCCCGGCUCCCCUCUCUUUUUCAACCACGUGAAAAUCAAGCUUGCGGAUAGUGUCCUGGAACGGAAGAGGAUUUCCGCGGCUCGAGAGAGGAAAGCCACCAAAACCCUGGGCAUCAUUCUGGGCGCUUUUAUCAUCUGCUGGCUGCCCUUCUUCGUGGCAUCGCUGGUCCUCCCCAUCUGUAGGGACGCGUGCUGGCUCCACCCAGCCCUCUUUGACUUCUUCACCUGGCUGGGCUACUUAAACUCCCUCAUCAACCCCAUCAUCUACACAGUGUUCAAUGAAGAGUUUCGGCAAGCUUUUCAGAAAGUUGUCCGUUUGCGGAAAGCCUCCUGGUGACUCUUUUGUGUCCUGUAACCCAGCUGGGGUUGUCCUAUUAAAUUUUUUUUCCUGAGACUGGAGUUAAUUCAUGAUCAUCUUGGGUCUCCUGGUUCAAUCAACAGAAUUAUUCUGUGUUCUUUGCCUUCUUAACUUCUGAGCCACCAAGACCUAAGCAGCUGAGUGAAAGGGAAUAAGACUGAAGAUUUCACUGAGCAUAGUAUUUUCACAGUUUCGCAGUGUUGGAAGAAAGGUGACCCGCAGGAUUCCUUGCUGAUACAGUUCAGGUGAGAAGCUGACUCUAGAAAAGACCCCAGGCUCAAGGGGAAGGCUGUCUUGUCUACCUGAGAUCUGUAUGGAGCUCAAAAGAGGGUAGAUAUGAUUAAUAACAUGUAUGGAAGGAGAAUUGGGAGACAGGGGAAGGCUCUCUUGUCUACCUGAGAUCUGUAUGGAGUUCAAAUGGAUACUAUUAAUGACAUAUAUGGAAAGAGAAUUUGGAGACAGGAUGGAGGGGUCUAUGUGCCAUGUGGCACCUUGAUUUGAAAAUAACACCCCUGUGUAUCCACUGAGUCCUCCUUAAACUGGGUCUCUCCUAAUUGUGUGUAAGGAGGAAGUCAGUAUUGGAGAUGAGAACAACUCAGAAUGACUUGGAGAGAGCUUCAGAGGCAGGGGAGCAGGAUAGCUGGAACUAGAUUGAAUACCUGGCAUCCUUCCCCCAUACUCCUACACUAUCUUAAUAUUCUGACGUUAAAAUCUCUUAUAACUCCAUUGAAGUAGGUUGAUGAGCUUUGAGCCCACCAAGCUUUCAGUGGGUUGCUAUUCUGAAUUAUUUUUUUACAUCCAGUUCUCAUUAGAGAUCUGAGACCUAAUUAGAGAUGUGAGUCUUAUCAAAUAAAAAG